AUGCAGCAUUCCUCGUCUUUCCUCUCAUCAUUCACCUUCCUCAUCGCCCAAAUCUUCACUCAUUUUCUACAAGAGCACUGUCGUCUCUCCUAUUCUGCAGCCAGCCUACUCGAAUUUAUUCGGUUUACGGUCCCCCGGGCCCAAUUUUUGUCCUUUUUCGUUUCGGUAUCUCUCGUAUUGCUCCUAAUGUUUGCUUAUCAAUGGAUCUUUGUCGGAUUGGUGUCGACGAUUUGGGAGGAAUUCCUAAAGCCACACUUCAAGGAAUGGCCGCAGGUGCAGCAGCUAUGCGCUUUGCAGGCAACGGCCCUGAAAGUUACGGUAACCCUGAUACUGCUGAGUCUGGGUGUCGGCCUAUCGCCAGUAUCGUACGCGAAAUUCCUGCCCAUCAGCUUCUACAUCUUACUG